UGUCCAAUCACAAACCUUCAUCAUUGCCGCCAAACUUUCUCAAAAUCCCAUUAACUUUUCUGUAGUCUAAUUCCAAUUGGGCGAAUCCUAAUUAUCGGUUAAUUUCAUGGGGUCGCUUUCGUUUCCCCCAUUUUUUCUCAAUGAACAUGAGACAUGUGCUUGUCAGAGUCAAUGAUAGAGCACAGAGGUGUUAAUGGAGCAGUAAAAACUAGCUGACUUCUCAUUUUGCCAUUUCUUUAAAAAUAAAAAUCCAGUCUUGAAUCUGAGAAUUUUUAGGGAUUUGUAAAAUGAUGAGGUCUUGUCAUUUUAUAUUGCUCUUUAUUUUAACUGAUUGAGUUGGCCAAUCAGUAUAAGUAUAACUAUGAAUUUGCCACCCCAUGUUUCAUUGGCAGAGCACAUUCUUCUGUAGAUAAACUCCAAUUCAAGUGGAACCCUAUAUCCAAUUUGGGUUCUUUUUCUGUUUGAAAGGGGUGAAUAUUUUUUUUUGAUGGGGGGUUCAGUAAUCUGUGCAAUUUGCUUCUUGUUGUUGAUUUCUUUAGUGGGAAUUUGCCACUCUUUGUCUAAUGUAGAUCAAGAACAUGAUAGGAUAACAUACUUGCCUGGGCAGCCACAAAAUGUUGGAUUCAACCAGUAUUCUGGUUAUGUGACUGUGAAUGAGCAAAAUGGGAGGGCACUUUUUUAUUGGCUGACAGAGGCUCCUAAGGAUAGAGACCCUGAUUCAAGGCCACUGGUUUUGUGGCUCAAUGGGGGUCCUGGUUGCUCCUCUGUAGCUUAUGGGGCUGUGGAAGAGAUCGGUCCUUUUCGGAUUAAUUCGGAUGGGAGAACCCUCUUCCUCAACCCUUAUGCUUGGAACAAAUUGGCUAAUUUGCUCUUUCUGGAGUCACCUGCUGGUGUUGGAUUUUCGUAUUCGAAUACUACAUCUGAUUUGUAUACUGUUGGUGACCAAAGAACUGCCGAAGACGCUUACGCCUUUCUGAUCAACUGGUUGGAGAGGUUUCCACAAUACAAACAUAGAGAGUUUUACAUUGCUGGGGAGAGCUAUGCAGGGCAUUAUGUUCCUCAGCUUUCUCAACUCGUAUACGAAAGAAACAAGGGAAUUCAGAAUCCAGUUCUGAACUUUAAAGGAUUCAUGGUGGGGAAUGCAGUCACGGAUGAUCACCACGAUUACGUUGGCACAUUUGAAUAUUGGUGGACUCACGGCUUGAUAUCAGAUUCAACUUACAAAAUUCUGCAGAAAACAUGUGACACGGGAUCUGCGACUCAUCCUUCAAGCGACUGCGUUAGGUCUCUUAAUCUAGCCGACAGGGAGAUGGGGAACAUUGAUCCCUACAGCAUUUACACUCCCCCUUGCAAUAACACUUCUGCACUCAGACGCCGUUUAAAGGGUCACUAUCCGUGGAUGUCUAGAGCAUAUGAUCCUUGCACCGAGAGGUACUCCCAGAUCUACUUCAAUCACCUUGAUGUUCAGAAAGCAAUGCACGCCAACGUGACAAGGCUCUCGUAUCCAUGGCAGACGUGCAGUGAUGUAGUCGGUAAUUACUGGACCGAUUCCCCUCUGUCCAUGCUUCCGAUUUAUCAAGAGCUAAAAUCAGCCGGCAUCCGGAUAUGGGUAUAUAGUGGGGAUACUGAUUCGGUCGUUCCAGUCACUGCAACACGCUACUCAAUCGAUGCUCUGAACCUUCCGACUCUAUCAAAGUGGUAUCCGUGGUAUGAUAACAAAAAGGUUGGUGGAUGGAGCCAAAUAUACGACGGAUUGACUCUUGUAACAGUGACCGGAGCAGGGCAUGAGGUGCCCUUGCAUCGCCCCCGACAAGCCUUCAUCCUCUUCAGAUCGUUCCUUGAGAACAAGGCAAUGCCUACCUAAAUAUACUAUUUUCGAACACAAAUAGUUGAUUCGUUGGUUCGUGUAUGAUGGAAUGAAAUAAGAUAUGUUUUCGUUUCGAUUAGGGAUAGUUAGAAGACAGAGUAGAGUACAUUAUUUUUUCCCUUUCUGUGUUAGGAUCAAAUGUCACACUUUAUAAGAAUAGUUUGAUUCAUGUAUUUGUAGUAGUGAAGUUGCAUUCUCAGCAACAUAUAUGUAACAAGUUGGGCAUAUAAUUGGAGUUCAUCUCAAUAUGUAUGAUUUAUAAUGUUUGUUUGUA